UGGAGAUGUGUGUUAUGUGGGUUAUUAAUGUAAAACUCGGAUCUCCGAUCAGACUGAGAGCACGAUGGCGAGUCAGCAGCAGCGCGAGGCUUCAGGGCGUGUUGAGAAAGACAGUGACUCCACGCGCACUGCUCCCUCAGGUCAGACUCAGAACCUCACAGAGACCGAUGCUGUGAUCAAGAGUGCUUUAAACCUGGAUCCUGAUGAGGAGUACAAGAUGGACCACAAGAAGCGAGGACGCGCUCUCAUCUUCAACCAGGAACAUUUCUACUGGCAGCUGAGGCUCAACAGUCGCUCAGGAACCAGAGCAGACAAGCUCAACCUCGUACAGAGGUUUCGGGAGUUGGGGUUUGAUGUGGAAGCUUAUGAUGAUAAGAAGCGGGAGGAGAUUAUGAGGAUAAUCACUGAUGCUGCAGGCAGUAAUCACGCAGACGCAGACUGUUUCGUCUGCGUUUUCCUGAGCCACGGCGAAAACGGUCACGUCUACGCCAACGACGACAAGAUCGACAUACAGGAAAUGACCUCACUUUUCAGAGGAGACAAGUGUCCGAGCCUCGUGGGAAAACCUAAGAUAUUCAUCCUGCAGGCGUGUCGUGGGGAUAAGCAUGAUGACCCGGUCACUCCUAUGGACGUGGUGGACAGUGAGAUAAAUCAGGUGGUGGUGGACGCCGGGGUGGUGUACACGCUGCCGGCAGGGGCGGACUUCAUCAUGUGUUAUUCUGUAGCUGAGGGGUUCUACUCUCACAGGGAGACGGUGAACGGUUCCUGGUACAUCCAGGAUCUGUGUGAUAUUCUGUGUCGUUACGGAUCACAGCUGGAGUUUGCCGAGCUGCUGACGCUGGUGAACCGUAAGGUGUCGUACCGCAGCGUGGGCAACUGCACAGACCGCUCGGCCAUCGGCAAGAAACAGGUGCCCUGCUUCGCCUCCAUGCUGACCAAAAAACUCUACUUCAGACCCAAGAAAUCCCAUUACGUCUAAAUCACCAGUGUCUCACACACACUACACACACUAUACACACACUAUAUACUACACACACACUACACACUUUCCAGAAUGUUGUAUACGUGGAGAUUAACUUUUAUCAAAGCCAUGAAAUACAUGUAAGUCAAUUCACAUUACAGUUCAAAAGUUUGGAAUCACUGUUUUACACUAAAUACCUGAUUGUUGAAACUGUUGUAGAGGUUUACAGAUUAUGUGUGCAAACGUUCGAGCUCCCUGCUCACCCUGGAUGUACAGAAAAUUUAAAUAUAACAUUUUCUGCACAUUUUACAGACAGUUUCUGUUUUUUUCCCCUCAGUUUCAUUUUGUAAAAAUGUGCCGAUUUUUGUUUUAUCGUUAUUAGUCAUGGAUUCUGCUAAUUAGGAUGGGGACCGAAAUGAUUCAGACAAAAAUGGCAAAACAUCAGUGAUGAAACAAUAACUAUAUUAUAUCUAAAGCCCUAUCUGGACGGGAUUAGUUUCUCAGGGGGUUCUGGGUAAUUUUCUCUUUUAUGGGUUUUUUUUAUCCUCUGUGAUUUUAUUCCCGUCCAGAACGAUCAUGUAGGUGUUUUUCUCAGACGUCCUCUGAGAAAAUUACAGGCUGAAUUAUCUACCGUUUUUCUCUGAACUCCGUGCUCCUCCGGUAAUUUUAGUCCCGUCCGGACGCACAUCUCUGAGUUUCGUCUCCUUGUGUUUAAUAAAAUAGAUAUUUGUCCACUGCCGUGCACCAUAAUUACACUUUGGGCACGCCACAGUUUCCACGGAGGUCCAUGUAAAAAACACAACAGUUAGUGGAAAUGGAGGAGCUACUGAACACUACAAUGUCAUCUGACCAAGAAAAAAGAAUAAAAACUCACUGAUCCUCCUGUUUUUUUCAAUUGCAGUCCAGAUGCAGGAGUUUUAUCACUGAGUAGAAGUGAAAAAUAUUUUUCACAGACAUCUGGUUAGGGCUUAAGUUAUAUUACAGUGUUUCUUUUAGCAUUAGGACUGCUGUGUACAGUGCCAUCAGGCAGUGAGGGGGAGAGUCGACAGGGAGAGCAGAGAAACGGCAGGUUUAAGUUCAUUUUUACCUUUGUAAAAAGGUGCUAUCUUUGGUUUAUCUUUGCUUGAGCUUCAUUUACUAAUUUUAUAGAUUAUUUUCCAUCUAAAUUACCCAAAUAAACAGCAAUUGUGUAUUAAAAUGUGCAGAAGUGUGUCUCUGUAGAAAAUAAAAAUAAGAUAAUUAUACUGUUUAUCAUAUUAAUCACUCGUACUAACCCCUGAGCCACUGACUAAACACAUCAGUUAUACUUCAUUCAGUCAGGGAGUCUUUUUUACUUUUCACUGGACUGUAAUUAGUAGGAUGCUUGAAAUAACAUUAGAUAACAUUAGUUCUGAAUGAAGAGCAGAGCUGUAGAUGCUCCUAAACAUCUAAAAUAAUCUUCUAACAACAUUCUUUUCUUUUUUUUCCUGAUCAACUCUCAGGGCUGAUAACUAGAAAAAUACUCCAUUUAAUUCCAUAUGGCCUAUUUGUUUACAUGUAUCAUUUAAAUUCUGAAUUAUCCAGGAAAUCGUAUAAUAUUAAUAGAUGUAUAUACAUCAUCACUGUCUCUGGUCUAUACUUUUCUCCAUAGUGUGAAUCUGGCAGCUGUUUUUUAUAUUGUAUUAGAAUUAAAAGAUGUUUGGACCAAUAGAAAUGCUCCAAAAUGACCUGGAAUAAAAUCUUUUUAUAUUGACUUCCAUUAAAAGUUAAUAUGAUUUUUUUUAUUUGUGUGUGGAUUUAAAAAAAAUACUUUAGAUCAGCCCAUUGUACCUUGUCCUAAUAAAUUUAAUAAUAAAUGCAUUUUUAAACACAUUUCUAAUAUAUAUAUAUAUAUAUAUAUAUAUUGGCACGUGAUUCCAAACUAUUGAAUUCUGAGUAAAGUUGGUAAAACUUUAGCACAAUCUACUUUUUUUUUUUGAGCUGAAACAGAAACAUUUUGUUCUAGGAGAUUUUUAAAGCAGAAAACACUGAUCACAUAACUGAUCUCAUAUUUUGACUUAAAUGAUAAAUGUAUUAAAUGUGAGGGACGGAGGAAAUCUUUACUUCAGUUUUUUUCUAAACCCAUUUUUGUUUUUUGUUUGUUAUUUUAAAGAAUAUUUGGGGUUAUUAUUUGUUUCUUUGGGGAGACUAAUCUUCAUUUCUGUGGAAUCAUUUCCAGGUAGUUUGUAGAAAAGUGUCAUUUUUUAAGAGGGAAUCUUGUGGGAUUUUGUGAGGGAAAAUUAAUAAUAUGCAACUGGUGGAAGUAGUGGAAUAAAGAGCCUAGAACUUAUUUUUAUUAUUUUUUUUUUAUUAGCCAAGAAAUUAGCAGAAUUUAGAUUGAUUCAAAUAAUUUUGACAUUUAUAAAACUUCUGUUAAUACGUUGUAAUAUUAAAUGCAAAUGAAAUCUGAUGCUGUAAACUCAAAAUACCUCAGGACAUACACUGUCUAAGGCUGCAUUCACACAGGUGUUUUUCAGCAUUUCAUGCAUUAAAAACACACAGAAACCAGAGUCAUAUUGUAUUUACAGUGUAAAAUGCUGUAAUCACAUGUGCUCCUCUCACUUCAGAUGCUUCUUCUGGAUCUCUCAGCUUGUCCAGAAAUGCAUGUGUACAGCUAUAACUGUGCGCAAUGUGAACAAAUCUGUUCCUGAAACGCCGUCUCACAUGCUGCACAUUGAUACCUGUAUAAACGUCUCCUUCACCAACAACAAAAACCCUCAUAUUAGAGAGAGGAGAGACUCGUAGCUUUAUAAAGGGAAAUGGAUGAGUUAGCAGCUCAUAUGUGGAGCAUCUUUUGCUGGAGUGGAGAAACAGGAAACAGCUGCUCUGAAGUUCAUGCUCAGGUUCAGGAGGUGAAAAAAGGACAGGUGGUUUGCUUUUGCUGUUUUUUUGCAGCUAUAGCUGCACAGCUGCACCAAGAGAUGCAGUGUGGGUAGAGAGAGAAGCAUGUAGCGCUAGUGCUAAUGCGUAAAAGCGUAUAAAAAGACGCAUGAAUUCAGAUUUGACCGUUCACAUUCAUGUUGCAUUCUCAUGAAUCGGAUGCGUAUUUGAUUUAGGACCACAUAUGAAAGUGACUCAAAUCUGAUUUGAAAAAAUUGGAAUUGGCACGUUCACACAGCCAUGAAAAAAAUCAGAUCUGAGCUACAUUAAGCAAAAAAAAACCCCAAAAAACAGAUUUUAGUUAUUUUAGUCCGGUAAUUUGAACGUAGCCUUAAAGCUGCUUUAAACAGACCUUCAUAUUUGAUUUAGUUAUUGAAAAAACACACCCACAAUAAUCAGUCAGCUUGUAUGAGUGUGUUUUUUUACGCAUGUCAGAAACGUUGUGUGAAUGCAGUCGAUCUAAAACUGCUAGAAGCUUUAAGAAGUUUUAAGUGUUCUAAGCAGUGUGUAGAACACUAUACCAUAUUUCUGUGUUUUUUAUACAAUCCGUUUUCAGAUCCUGCUAGAAAUGCUGCAGCAAUGUGUGUGUGUUUUAAGUGUGUGUGUGUGUGUAUGUGAGUGUGUGUUUCAGUGGGUUUAAUUCAGUCUAACAUUUUUAAACUCAGGAUACAGAGGAGUGUGUGUUCCUCUAAGCUGUGGUGUUUUGGUAAAAUGGUAAAACAGUUGAUUUAAAGACACAGCGUGCCUUUAUCCAGUCUGUAUUCACACAGUUACAGUGUUGUUUACUUCAGUGAAUGGUACUCUUCUAAUGGAGGCUUUUUUUUCCCUUAUCUGUUAUAAAAUGCUCAUCUAUAAGGGAUGGGACUGUAUAGGAAUAUAUAGGGGUAAAGGCAAUAUUACAGUGUUUUAUCAUAUUGUGAAAACUUUAUAUAUUAUGAUAAACAUUGCUUAAAUCAGUACACUAAAUAUUAUAUUACAAACCAUGAGAUUAAUUCUGUUUGAUUCAAAGAAGUGUAGCAGGUUUUCAAUAAAAUUCAUUAUAUUAUAUAUGAUAGUUAUUUAAGAAUCUGCUACUGCUGAUUGAUCAAAAUAUUGCAACACAUACUGUGUAUUGUAAAAGUGUUUUUAAACAUCAUAAUAUAUAAUUUUUUACCAUAUUACCCAUUACUAUAUUACAAAGCACAGUAUGAAUUGAGUUGUUUUCAGUAGGCCUGUUAUUUUUAUAUAUUUAUAUAUUAUGGUGCUAUUCAAACAUUUUACAUGCUUUUAAAAACACGAUAUACAGUUUAUAUCAGCAGUGGCAGAUUCUGUUAUUCAAAUAUUUUAAUUGACUUUUUACUGCACAUCCAGUUUAACAGGAUAUUUGACACUCUGUGAUGAAAUGUUUUUAAGCACUGAUGAUAUAUUAUCCUUAAAAUCCAUAUAAACAUCAUUUAUCACAAUAUGAUAAAAUAUUGAUUUAUUGUCCAUCCCUAAACUCUCGGCUCAGAGCAGAUUACAGACCACUACUUUAUGUCCUUCAGCUGUUCAGAUCCUCCCAGUGCAUGACUGUGUUUGUUUGAUUGAGACUUGUAUGCUUUGUGGGUUUAAUUUGGGGGCGAGGUUUGCACUAUUAAAAAGGUUUUAGAUCAAGAGUUUUUUUUAUAUCCAGUCUGGGAUGUUUUGAGCAUGUUUUGACUGCAUGUUUUAAAUUCUGUUUUUGGGAGAAAUUACUUGAUUUUACUCUGAAUAAAAAACGAAUGAUCAAAAACUC